AUGACUUUGUGUGAGACAAUUCACAAUUUCCGCGUCGAGCCACCAGCCGGGUGGGCGUCAAUUGCGUCCACCUUUGUUGCUGCGAUUGGAGGUCUUUUCCUUGCCUCGAAGCUGUUCAGCGUCUUUCGAGCUUUCUUGAGCAUCUUCGUACUCCCAGGAAAGCCGCUGCGCUCGUUUGGCCCCAAGGGCAGCUGGGCUAUGGUUACCGGCGCAUCUGAUGGAAUUGGCAAAGAAUACGCCCACCAGCUGGCGCGCGCUGGGUUUAAUAUUUUGCUUGUUUCACGGUCAGCAGACAAGCUUGCUGCAGUAGCCGGAGAGAUCUGCGAGAAAAAUGCCACUGUUCAAACCAAGACUCUGGCCAUGGACUUUUCCCAUAACGAUGAGGAUGAUUACGAGAAGAUGAAGAAAAUUAUCAGGGACCUGGAUAUCUCCAUUCUUAUCAACAAUGUCGGACUCAGCCACUCAAUCCCAGUCCCGUUCAUUCUUACUGACCCGGAAGAAAUGGAAGAUAUAAUCACCAUCAACUGUCUUGGUACUCUCCGCGUCACUCAGUUGGUUAUACCAGGUAUGGUGGAGCGGAAGCGUGGACUAAUUCUGACAAUGGGAUCCUUUGCUGGCCUUUUCCCAACACCUCUCCUCGCUACGUACUCAGGAAGCAAGGCAUUCCUUCAGCAUUGGUCAAGCUCGUUGGCUUCCGAGCUAGAACCGUAUGGAAUCACUGUUCAACUCACCCAGAGCUACCUCGUCACCUCUGCUAUGUCUAAGAUCAGAAAAACUAGCAUGGCUAUUCCAAACCCCAGAGAUUUCGUCCGUGCUACCCUCAGCCAUAUUGGGCGGAGUGGAGGAUUGUUCUCCUAUAGUUAUACCUCUGUCCCGUAUUGGAGUCACUCCCUGAUGGCCUGGAGCAUUGCCACCUUCCUUGGGCCUCUAAGUAAGACGGUCAUAGGUUUCAAUGGGUCGAUGCAUGAGUCUAUCCGUAAGCGAGCACUCCGAAAGAGGGAAAGAGGAAAGAAAGGAUUGUGA